CAUUCUUGUUCAGUUCAGCUUCUAAAAAAUACCGACUGGAGGGAGAAGUGGGGUGCUCUUCCCCUGCUGUCUCCCCCCUCACCCUCGAGGGGCCAGCUGCAGCUGUUCGUCAUAAUUUCUUGUCUAGCUACCUCCUGCCAUCAGGGACUUUGUGGACCACUGCUGCUGUCGGAAAUGCCGCUGUCUCACUGCCCCCCUCUCCCCCGUGACUUCUCAACCUCUUUGUCAUCAGUUAUUCCGACCACAGGUCUGUGGAAUCCAAGCGACACUAACCGCACUAACCAACAACUCGGGCAGACAGAUUGAAACAGCAGAGAAUGGGUAUCUGAGCUUGGUGGUGAAGACCAUGUGACAUGUGAAUGUGUGCGACAGAACUAACGGCAGGAUGGGUACUCCAGGGAGAAGCCAGGGCUGGAGUCCUUGUGGGCAAGUGCCAGGGGUUUUGGUGUUAUGGAAUUCCGGGCCCAUGAGGCAGUGCACGUGUGCGCUCUUGGGGUGAAGCUGAGGCUAGAGCUGCGGGUUGGAGCCCGUUUCCUAUGUGGAAAGGACGAAGGCCCAUGGGUUUCGGGGCUGCGGGUGGAGAGUUCCAUGGUCAGGGGAGAACCAUGGGCAGAGCCAAGGAUGGACUGUGUGGGGUUGCCGCCUUUUCCCUCCCAUCCCAGGCUCAGCCUUCACUUCUUGUGAGGUCCCGGGCAAAGCGACCUGUCUUUUGCACCACACCUCCAUUUUGAAAUGCUCCGCUAAAGUUCCUGUCUGGCUCAGAGAGGUGGGACUAGUCCCUGCCUUGGGCUUUGGAGUUCUUGCUCCUUGGUGGGUAAGUAGCACCCCAAGAGAAGAAGCUGAGACUCAGAGGUGGAACUGUGAAACUGGGCGACUGGGGCUUCCCAUACGCCAGGUCACUGCUCUUGUUGGAAAGACUCUGGGCUAAGAGGAGGGGGCUGCCCGCAGAGCGGGAACCAGGCUGUGCCCCGCUUCUCCAGUCCUGCAGAGUGCCCCCAAGCAGGGGUGACCCCCAGCGAGAGGGGUCAUCGGAUUCGAGGCCUGCGAGGCGAGUCCAACAACUUCCCCUCGAGAAGUCCGGGAGGGUGCAAGCCAGGCAGGAGGCGGGCGCUCGGGGGGCGCGGCCCGCGGCUCCCGGGGGCGCCCCGGCGGGGCUGGCUGGCCUUCUGCUUCUCUCUCAGCAGACCGCGGUGCGGAUGGCGGGGCGAUGGGCUGUGGCCGGGAUCGGGCCCGGGGCGCUGCUGGCUCUGCGUGCUCUGCUGGCCGCCGCACACCCGCAGUGCCUGGACUUCAGGCCGCCCUUCCGGCCGCCACAGCCGCUGAGCUUCUGCGCGCAGUACUCCGCUUUCGGCUGCUGCACUGCGGAGCAGGACGCAGCGCUGGCCCGGCGCUUCCGGGCCCUGGAGGCUCGUCUGGACGCCGGGAUGUGGGCGACGUGUGCCGGCUACGCGCUGGAUCUGCUGUGCCAGGAAUGCUCGCCCUAUGCAGCCCACCUCUAUGACGCCGAGGAUCCGGCCACCCCACUGCGGACAGUGCCUGGCCUCUGUGAGGAUUAUUGCCUGGACAUGUGGCAGACCUGCCGAGGCCUUUUUCGACACCUUUCCCCUGACCGUGAGCUCUGGGCCCUGGAGAGCAACAGGGCCAAGUUAUGCCGCUACCUGUCCCUAGAUGACACGGAUUACUGUUUCCCAAGCCUGCUGGUCAACGAGAACCUGAACUCAAACCUGGGCCGUGUAGUGGCUGAUGCCAAGGGCUGCCUGCAGCUGUGUCUGGAGGAGGUGGCCAAUGGGCUUCGAAACCCCGUUGCCAUGGUACAUGCUGGGGAUGGCAGCCACCGCUUCUUCGUGGCCGAGCAGGUGGGGCUGGUGUGGACCUACCUGCCUGACCGCUCUCGCCUGGAGAAGCCCUUCCUGAACGUGAGCCAAGCAGUGCUGACGUCCCCCUGGGAAGGGGAUGAGCGUGGCUUCCUGGGCCUUGCCUUCCACCCCCGCUUCCCGCGUCCCAGCAAGCUCUAUGUCUACUAUUCUGUGGCGGUCGGCUUCCGAGAGUGGAUCCGUAUCAGCGAGUUCAGAGUCUCAGAGGAUGAUGAGAACACCGUGGAUCAUGGCUCAGAGAGGUACUUAUCUUUCUUUAGGAUAAUCCUGGAGAUUGAAGAACCAGCCUCCAAUCACAAUGGGGGCCAGCUGCUUUUUGGGGAUGACGGCUACCUCUACAUCUUUACUGGAGAUGGCGGGAUGGCCGGAGACCCCUUUGGGAAGUUUGGAAAUGCGCAAAACAAGUCGGCGCUGCUGGGCAAGGUGCUGCGCAUCGACGUGGACCGCAACGAGCGUGGCCCGCUCUACCGCAUCCCUCCCGACAACCCGUUCGUGGACGACCCCGGAGCGCGGCCCGAGGUCUACGCCCUGGGAGUGCGCAACAUGUGGCGCUGCUCCUUCGACCGCGGAGACCCGAUGUCUGGCACUGGCCGUGGGCGCCUGUUCUGUGGGGAUGUGGGCCAGAACAAGUACGAGGAGGUGGAUCUGGUGGAGAGAGGCCGCAACUACGGCUGGCGUGCUCGCGAGGGCUUCGAGUGCUACGAUCGCAAGUUGUGCGCCAACGCCUCCCUCGAUGAUGUGCUGCCGAUUUUCGCCUACCCUCACAAGCUGGGCAAAUCAGUCACUGGGGGCUAUGUGUACCGGGGCUGCGAGUACCCCAACCUCAACGGCCUCUACAUUUUUGGCGAUUUCAUGAGUGGGCGACUGAUGUCGCUCCGCGAGAACCCAGAGACCGGGCAGUGGAAGUACAGUGAGGUCUGCAUGGGCCGGGGGCAGACAUGUGCUUUCCCAGGCCUCAUCAACAACUACUAUCCACAUAUUAUCUCCUUUGCAGAGGAUGAGGCCGGGGAGCUGUACUUCAUGUCCACGGGCGUGCCCAGUGCCACAGCCGCACGCGGGGUCAUCUACAAAGUGACAGACCCCUCCAGACGGGCGCCUCCGGGGAAGUGUAAGAUACAGCCUGCUCAGGUGGCGGUGAAGAGUCGUCUCAUCCCCUUUGUGCCCAAGGAAAAGUUCAUCUGGACACCAGAGAGCACUCCGCGCCCCACGGCCCGAGCCCCAACUAAGGCGCCCCGCCGCAAGCGCCCCACAGCUGCUCCUCCGGCACCCACCAUACGUCCCACAAAGCCCGCACGGCCCACCCGACGACCAGGGGCCCGGAAGGGAGGCGGGCGACGGCGGGGACGUCCCAGCACCGCGGUCCCUGCGCCCCAGAAUGGCUCCGUGCGCCUGGUACGGCCCGCCGGCCUGAGCCCCGGCCGCGGGCGCGUGGAAGUGUUCGUAGGAGGCCACUGGGGUACGGUGUGCGAUGACGCUUGGGACACCAAAGCGGCCACCGUGGUGUGUCGCCAGCUGGGCUUUGCGUACGCGGUGCGAGCAGUCAAGCGCGCGGAGUUCGGCGAAGGUCGCGCGCUACCAAUCUUGCUGGACGACGUGCGUUGCACGGGCAGUGAGCGCAACCUGCUGGAGUGCGCGCACGCUGGCGUGGGCACGCAUAACUGCAAGCACGAAGAGGACGCUGGUGUCGAAUGCAGCCACCGAGACCCGGACCUGUAGCCUGGCCUCAUCUACCUGACUGUGCCACCCUGGGAGGAUAGAGCCGGGAAUGCCCCUUUGGUUUGUGGGCACCCCAGGUAGCGCACACCUGCCGUGGUGGAGGUUCAUCUGCAUAUGACCUCUGUGUCUCCCUUGGGUGUGUGUGUGUGGUUUGUGGAUAAGAUCUCUUACCUCUCAGCAGUUCUGAGAGUGAGGGCAGCUACUCUUUCGGAACAGCACUUGAUGAGGGAGGCUGGCUGCCUUUACAGUGUUAGACUGAGGGAAAGGGCUCCAUAUCGACAGGAACGUGGUCGGAGAAACAUGGUCAGUGUGAGCAGGUGACGCGGCAGUCAGAGGCACCGCAAGCAGCCUGAAAGCCAGAGCGGAGAAUCUUAUAGGGUCAGGGGGCCUUUGCCAUACACCAGGAAUCAGGCUGCUGAAGGGAAUCAAGCGUUCAUGACAGAAGGUGGACUAGAGGGCCUGGAGGACCUCGAAGGCCACUUGCUGCGCUCUGCAGGCACCCUGGACAGGCUACUGGGUCCCCUCCAUCCCUGAAGACUCUCACUGUCACCUAUUCAUGAGACAGAAGCACCUUUAAGCUUCUGUUCAACCUCUGGGCUCCAGUUGGAGAUGGUGGGGUCUACUUUUAUCACCUUACUAACCUCAUCACCUCCCAGGGGAUCCUCAGACUCCCAGGGGAUCCUCAGAUACCCCCUGCCCCAUCUAUGGGCUAAGAAGCCUUCAGACUGUCAAGACUACUCAUCACGGCUGUGUCAACAAUUCAACUCCUUGCAAUCCUUCCCUCCCUCCUCUUGUCACCUGCCACACACCUGGAAACUGGGAUGCAAGAUGAGGGGGCAGAGCAAAGAGGGCGGGGCCUGCAGCUUCUUUCGGGCUCUGUGGGAAGAGAGUUCCUUGUUCAUGGAAGAAGGCCUCACCGGUGGCUCCGUGCCAGGUGCGGAUAGCUGUAACUUAGCUUCAGCUAGGGGUAGAGCCAGGGAAACAAACGAGUCACCAGGCAGGGAGGACAGGAUGUGUCCUGUGUCAGGCAGUUGUGGCCAGGGCUUUGGAUGAGCUUGGUGGCCCAACUCUGUCAUUCCCGCACUGGGUUCUGGUCUGAACAGGCCCGUGCCGUGUUCCAGGCAGGGGAAUUGGCGCUGGCUCAGAUGUCUGCUCCUGUUCACCACCUGUUGAAAGGGAGCUGAGGCUCACCCUGGCCGCUCUGCCCCUCUCCACACUGGUUGUCCUCUGAAAUAAAUAAGAAAGUUCCUGAACUGUUAAGGAAAUGACAGAAAAAGAAAACAUCGCUUCCUGGAGCAAAGCCGUGCAGUGCCCGAGAGCCGUGGAGCCCGUGUCCUGUGUGUCUUCGCUCUGCAGUUCCAGGUCGAGGUGCAGAGUUUCUGUACAGUCCUAUUCUGGUUAUUGAUUAGAGGGAGAGGCUUGAGCGUGGAUGACAGUAUGCUGUGUAGGUAUACUGGGUCUGUCAGGAUUAGCUGAGACAGCUCUUUCAACCUUCAACUCCGAAGACACCUCUGUCCACCUUUGUUUUAUUAUUUUGUUGUUGUUUUGGCUUUUUGAGACAGGUUUCUCUGUUUAGCCUUGGCUGUCCUGAACUUCCUCUGUAGAUCAGGCUGGUCUCGAACUCACAGAGCUCUGCCUGUUUCUGCUUCCGUAGUGCUGGGAUUAAAGGCUUGUGCUGCCAUUGCCUGGCUCUGUGUCCACCUUUUACAUUAGACUAGAAGGUGCUUCUAGUCCUGUGUGGCCUGAGGACAGCCAGUCACUUAACUGCUCCGAGCCUUGUGAGAAAAUGGAGGUAAUAAGAUUUCUGGACUUAAGGUAGCAUUACAGAUGCAACCGAUGCGUUCCAUGAAUCUUCUGUAAAGAAAUCUCAGUUCUGAUUUGGUGACAUCCCUGUCCUUCCUCAGUGCUUCCCCCAUUCCUGUCCUUCCUCAGUGGCUCCCCCAUUCUGUCCUUCCUCAGUGUCUCCCCCUUCCCUGUCCUUCCUCAGUGGCUGUUCCAUGCCUGUCCUUCCUCAGUGCCUCCCCCAUCCUGUUUUUCCUCAGUGGCUGCUCUAUGCCUGUCCUUCCUCACCCCCAUCCUGUUCUUCCUCAGUGUCUCCCCCAUCCUGUCCUUUCUCAGUGUCUCCCCAAUCCUGUCCUUCCUCAGUGGAUCCUCCAUCUGUGUCCUUCCUCAGUGUCUCCCCCAUCCUGUCCUUCCUCAGUGGCUGCUCUAUGCCUGUCCUUCCUCAGUGUCUCCCCCAUCCUGUCCUUCCUCAGUGUCUCCCCUAUGCCUGUCCCAUCCCUGUCUUUUCUCAGUGCCUCCCCCAUCCCCGAUCUUCCUCAGUCAGUGGCUCCAGAUUCACCUUUGCCGAAUCUCUCUGACAGUUCCUGCUGAGAAAUGGCACUCCAUAGAGGGAUGAUCUGACUAGUUUUUAUAUCAACUUAACACUAGCUAGAGUCAUUUGAGAAGUGGGAACCUCCGUUGAGAAAAUGAGUCCACCGGAUUGGCAUGUGGGAAAGCCUGUGGAUCAUGUUCUUGAUUGAUGAUUGAAGUGGGAGGAUCACAGCCCACUGUGGGCGGUGCCACCACUGGGCGGGUGGUCCUGGGUGGUGGAAGAAAGUAGCAAACCGCGGGGGAGCAAGCCAACAAGCAGCGCUCCUCCAUGGCCUCUACAUCAGUUCUUGCUUCCAGGCUCCUGCUUUGCGUUCUUGCCUUGACUUCCCUGGAUGAAGGACUACAAGAUGUAAGCUUCAAUAAACCCUUUUCUCCCUGAGUUGCUUUUGGUCCCUGAGUGGCUUAGCAACAGAAACCCUAAGACAGGGAGCAUCUACAGUGCUAGUUUGCAGGAACACCACAUCUUGUCAGGGCCCCAUCUUGCCUCUGACUCAGGUCUAGGUUUUGUUACUUGAAUUCCUCUGUGAUGGGACUGCUGUGACCUAAGGGCCAUGUGCUGGGGUUGCUGUCUGGGUUCCACCAUCCAAUGGAAGGAUGUGACCCAUGGAGCCAAUUCAGUUUCCAGAGGCCAUGUUAAAACAGCAAAAAUAUUUUUUAUUCUUUAAUUAAAAAAUUUUUAUCAGC